CCAUUCAUGACUGAGGGCAGCGGCAGAGCGAGAAAGCAACUUCUCCGGCAGCGCUCGAAGCGAGCGGCUGGGGGGGAAGCCGCCGCCGCCGCCGCCGCCGCCGCCCUCGCUCUGGCUGGCGAGGCGCGCUUCGACGGCCGCCUCGGGGGCGGGGGGAGACGCGCCUGUGCGCCCGGCCGGGCUCCCCUCGCCCGCGCCCUGCCUCUGCCAGCUCCCCCUGGCCGCCAGCCCCCCGCCACCGCCGCGCCUCCUCCUCCUCCUCCUCCUCCUCCUCCGCUGAUGCCCGGCUGUGCCAAGCGAUGACUCUGAGCUCGGAGAUGUCCGAUGCCGCCUCCGUGCUGGCCGAAGAGACGGACAUCGACGUCGUGGGCGAGGAGGAGGACGCGGACGAAGACGAGGACGACGAGCCCCUCCGCCGCCGGCCUUUCCAGUUGGAGGAGGAGGAGGAGGAAGAGGAGGAGGAGGAGGAGGAGGAGGAGGAAGCGAUCUCGCUGCCCAGGUCCCCCCGGGCGCGCGUGCCGGCAGGGUCCCCCGGCUCCGGCUCUCCCUCGCCGUCGUCGUCCUCGUCGUCGUCGUCCUCCUGCCAGCAGGGCCCUUUCCGGGCGCCCGGGGCCGGCGGGGGCGGCAAGAACAGCCUGGUGAAGCCGCCCUACUCGUACAUCGCGCUCAUCACCAUGGCCAUCCUGCAGAGCCCCAAGAAGCGGCUGACGCUGAGCGAGAUCUGCGAGUUCAUCAGCGCGCGCUUCCCCUACUACCGGGAGAAGUUCCCGGCCUGGCAGAACUCCAUCCGCCACAACCUGUCGCUCAACGACUGCUUCGUCAAGAUCCCGCGCGAGCCGGGCAACCCGGGCAAGGGCAACUACUGGACGCUGGACCCGGAGUCGGCGGACAUGUUCGACAACGGCUCCUUCCUGCGCCGCAGGAAGCGCUUCAAGCGGCAGCCGCUGCCCCUGCCCCUGCCGCCGCCGCCGCCACCGCCGGCCGACCUCCUCCUGCGCGGGCUCGAACCCGCCGCCGCCGCCGCCGCCUUCCUGCAAGCCGCGCGCCCGGCCCCGCCCGGCCCGCCGCCGCCGGCCCAGCCGCCGCCGCACCCCGCGCCGCCCGCCUACGCCUACGGGCCCUACGGCUGCGGCUACGGCCUCCCGCUCCAGCCCUACCAGCCGCACGCGGCGCUCUUCGCCUUCCAGCCCCAGCGCCCGGCCAGGCCGCCGCCCGCCGGGCCGCCCGCCCUCCUGCCAGCUCCCUCUGGCGCUGAGCUGGCCCGGACCGCGGGCUUCCGCUACCCGGCGGCGGCGGCGGCGGCCCAGCUCAGCCCCUCGCUGACCGCCUCCUUGCACGCCGCGGCGGCCAAAUCCAGCUCGGCCUUGGCCCGCUCCCCGUUCUCCAUCGAGAGCAUCAUCGGGGGCCGGCUGAGCCCCGCGCCGGGCGGCGGAUGCGCCUCCCAGCCAGCUGCCGUGCUGCCGGUGCUGGCGAGGUCCCUGAUGGCCUCUUCGCCUUCGCUGGCGUCGCCGCCGCCGCCGCCCUCCGCAGCCUCCUGCUUAGGGACUCUGCACCCGGGCGCAGCCUUGGCCAACGUUGAAAACUUUACUGCUAGGAUUUCCAAUUGUUAAUUGCCUGGCCCAAGGUAGGAGGAUUUCCGGGGCGCUCCAUUUUGCCUUCGCAAGGAAUGCAAAGAGACCUUUUCUAGACAGA